AUGCGCUGGUCCCGACGAGCACGCCCUAGUCGCCGCGAUUCAAAGAAACGCCGUCGAAGUUCGGGCCGGCCUACCCAAUAUGAAGACAUUGGCACAACGGGCGUCGAACCCAGCCUCUAUCGGCGACCCUCUGCCGACGAACUCACCAGUACCCACUUCAACUUUACACGCCGGAUUUCCCUCGCUUCUCUUCAAGAAAUGCCCGCCUUUCCUCAACACCCCAGCAAUCCCGACGAUGCUUUUGAGCAAGUCAAAGAGACUGCCGUGGUUAGCGAACUCAGCCUACCCCUGUGCAUUCGCACUGAGCUCUACACCCAACUAAGUCGGAUCGAGGAUGCCCAACUUGAAGAGGCCGCCUACUUGGAUCUUCGCCAAUACGGCAACGCUCGAGCUAAAAACGUACCACACUUGGCCGAAUCUCAAACCUUCUAUACCCCCAGUCAUCUGACGCUCAUGCUUGAGGGCCUCGACCUGAGCUCAUCUGACACUGAGGCAUUCUACCCGUCUUACGAGAUAGAUGACAUCGCCCUGGCCGCUGUAUACGGCGAAGACCUACCCGAGGGCCACAUGUGGCCCUCGGAGCGGCGCAUCCUCUCUCGUGCUCGACCAAAAUCCCAAAUCUCCGUUUAUGGAUUUGGAGAUCUCGACCCAGCGCUCGCAGAGCAGACCAUCAUGGCCAGCAAAAGGCGCUCCACCGUUUCCAUUACUUCCGACGGCGGUUACGGCUUUGAUGAAGAGGCUGCACUCGAGACCACGCCCAUCCGACCUCGCACCAACAGCACCCUUGUCCUGGGCAUGCCUGCUGAUGACUCGACCAUCGAUGUCGUGAACCGUUCACCAUCCGCCUCAGACUCGGACCUGACCUCGACACAUACAGGGGCAUCGUCCGCCCCCUCCCCGAUCGCUGCGGGUAUUGCUGGCCCCAUCCAGCCCCUGGGAAGCACAACCGACACUGUUUUGACCUCGGAUACCAACCUGGCCUCUUCUACGGACAAUUUGGCUGCUCUGUCAGGCCCGGAUCUGGACGACCUCCUUGAUCGUCUCUUUGACCUGGGCUCAGCUGCCGCCUCCCGUCGUGGUUCUGUUUUGACAGACUCGGGUGAUGGCCCUUACACGACCGAUGAUGUCGGUGCCUUGCUCGAUGCUGGACGCCUCAGCCAGCGAGGCUCCAUGGUGUAUGCCUUUGACACGGAUGCCAUGAAGCGUGCGGAAAAAUUGCGCGCUGCCAUGCAGCAAGAGCUGGUCCGCACAGCUUCCAUGCGCAGCCGGUCUGGCACACAAUCUGGCACGCGGCCCCAUCGCAUCAGCUCAGCACCGCCCGUUAUGAACAUGGUGCCGGAAGACAGCCACAGCCAAACCCAGAGUCCUGAAGUCCCCGAGGCUUCCGAUGUUGCUCAGGGGAGCACCAUUACUGAGAGCUCCAAGAUGGGAGCUGAGAAUCACGCAGCUGAUAAUCUACCCGGGCAGGUUUUCCAGGGUCAAUCUUCAAGCCCUCAGGAGGCCUCUGCCACGAGUCACGAACUGUCUGCCGACGCGGCCGCAGCCAGUCAACCUACAGAUCAGGGAGCUCCGGAUGCGCAAGUAUCAGAGCGUUCAUCAACACCUCAGGAGGCUUUGCCAAGCCCCUUGCCGUCGUCGCCUGCAGCCGAAUCCCAAACGCCAGGUGCAUCGCCAAGUGCAGUGGCCUCGGAUCAGGAGUCGACAAUGUCGGCAGAGCAAAGCUCCCAACCAAAUGGAUCCACCGACAUCAAGCCUCAGAAUUUGACGGAACAGAUGGACUCUGACGCUGACUCUGACGCUGACUCUGACUUGGACAUGGAUGAGGCUGAUCCUGACGGCGGGUACUUGCAGGUGACACAAGAGCAUGAUGUGAGCGAAGAUGACACCCGGCGUCCAUCAUCGACGUUGCCAACAUCACCCGUCUCUCCUCCCUCACGACCUCGCACAGCUUCGCCGCCGCCAUCCACCAUGGAUAAGGUGGAAGGGCGGGUUGCCCUGGGCAUUCAAGCCAUCAAGGCUCGGGCUCAUCAGGUGCAUGGACAAGAAGAAGAGGAGCGGCGGCGACGAGAAGCAGCGGCACUGAGGCUCCAGGCCUCUUUUCGCGGCAUGAUUGGUCGUCGCCGCGCUUUUACUGUCCGUGAUGCCCUCACCAAUUCCGCUCCGCAAGACCCAGAGAUGAUAAGAUUGAAUGAGGUGAUGGAACGGCUGAAUGAUGCUCAGGAGGACGACGAACAAGUGGCUGAGCUCCAAGAGCUGAUUGGCUUGUUGAGCCAGGGCGAGGCGCUUGUACAGGAGGCCUUGGACUUGAAUGCCGUCGUGACGUUGCACGAUCUCAGCAAGCGUGGGGAUGCUCCUCGUGUCCAGGAGAUGGCGUUGGAGGGCCUGGCAGGCUUGGGCGCGCAUGUGGCAGGCGCUUUGGAGAUGAACGAUAUUGGUUGCUUCAACACGCUACAGCAACUGCUGCGUUUUGAUGGGCCGCGCCCGCGAGUGGCCGUCGUCUUGUUGGCCGUGGCUGAGCACACCCCGGACCUGCUGGUCGUGACAGGCUGCUUGCCGUUCAUGGCCAAAGCCUUCCCUGAUCUAGAGCGUCCCCAGUUGGACAAAGCGAUUGCAACGAUCUAUGGCAUAGCGCAACAUCAUCGCUUUGGCGUGGCGCGUGCCAACUUUGCUUUGCCCCUGCUGGAAGUACUUCCUCGCUUCACCGUUGGCGAAGAUGCCAGUGUCAUCCAACAAAUCCUCGAACUACUCAAGCUUGUUCUCGCAACUGAGCCCGCUGCUGCAAGCGGCAUCAAGGCCACAAAUUCUUAUCAAGACGUCCUCUCGCUGCUGGCCAAGCACGAUAACCAAAGCAUAUCUGAUGCUUCACAACUGGUGCAGCUCCUGCUGUCCCGCUAA